UUGGUGUUGUGAGGUUUGAGAACCCAAUAAGAAAGGCCAUUUCAUUCGUCCAUUGGAGAACAUCAUCACAUUCCCUGCCUUGCAAGUUGCAGCUUUGCAACUCCACUUACCUUGAUGGACUCUCUGCUUCAACCCACGUCCAUGGCAUGAUCUCAUAGUUUCUCUAUUUCUGGGCUUGCAUACUUCCAUCCAUGGCUAGCGGAGACCAUCAUCCAUCGACCUCACCUUCCUCCGAGAUCAAAGCCAGAGCAAGCUUGUGGCGAGGCAACAAUGCAGUACACCCGGUCGACAUCGACGUCGAUGCGGACACGGCUGUGUCUGCUCCGAGUCCCGUGUUGUACAGAGAAGUCGAGCAUUUCAAGAAAUGGAAGCCCCUGCUUGUGCCCUGCUUCAUCGUCGCGAACACUGUCAUGCUUGUGAUCACUAUGUACGUCAACAAUUGUCCUGAGAACUCCGUCUCUUGUGUCGCCAAGUUCUUGGGCAGAUUCUCCUUCCAGCCCUUCAAGGAGAACCCUCUUCUUGGCCCUUCAUCAUCAACGCUUCAGAAAAUGGGUGCUCUGGAAGUUAGCAGGGUAGUGGACAGACAUGAAGUGUGGCUCCUGAUAACCUGCAUCUGGUUGCAUGGAGGAGUCUUCCAUCUAUUAGCAAACAUGUUGAGUUUUUUAGUCAUUGGAAUUCGGCUGGAGAAAGAGUUUGGGUUCGUGCUGAUCGGGUUGCUCUAUGUCAUCUCUGGACUUGGAGGAAGUCUGAUGUCAUCCCUCUUCAUCCAGUCAAGUAUUUCCGUUGGUGCUUCUGGUGCAGUUUUUGGGUUACUGGGAGGGAUGCUCUCUGAAAUCAUCACUAAUUGGUCUAUUUAUGCUAACAAGGUAGCAUCAUUCUUGACCCUCCUGAUCAUCGUCGUGAUCAAUUUGGCAGUCGGGAUUUUUCCGCACGUCGAUAACUUUGCUCACAUCGGAGGAUUCCUGUCAGGCUUCUUGCUUGGAUUCUUGCUUCUCAUCCGACCCCAGUAUAGCUGGAUCAUUCAGAAGUAUGCUCCUCCAGGAUAUGCAUCCGCUUCUGCGAAGCCUAAAUUCAAGACAUAUCAGUGCGCAUUGUGGGUCAUUUCUCUGAUUGCCUUGAUCGCCGGGUUCAUUCUCGGUAUGGUGAUGCUUCUGCGGGGCGUGAACGCAAAUGAUUCUUGUUCAUGGUGCCACUACAUGUCUUGUGUUCCGACUUCUAGAUGGAGCUGCAAGGCCGGGCCCGCCUCAUGCUCGGUAUCUGACCAAAUAGGAAGCCAGCUGAACUUGACUUGCUCAAGCAAUGGAAAAUCAAGAACAUACACAUUGCCUGGUGCUACCACUUCCCAGAUUCAGGGUCUCUGCACUCAGCUUUGCAAUUGAAGAUCACACGGCGAUAUCCAGUGGAUUGUAAUUAGAGCCCAAGAUUGGUGUAAAUUCGUUUCACGGACAAUUUUCUUGUUUCUCAUUGCCGAGUUUUCACUUGCCAUUUAUUCGAAAAACCUCGUCCCUCCUGGCCUUCCAACUGGGAAGUCUGUGGAGCUGUAUGUCUAUGUGUAUCCUGUAGGUAGAGUUUACUGAGGUUUCAACUGAAUCCAGUGGUAGAUGGAUCGAAACUCAAGAGAGAGGAUGGUUUGUCUUUAAAAUGUGAUGACUUCAGUAAAUGCUUUUGGUGUUUCCACUCAAGAA